GACUCUCUCGGCUCCCGUUACUCUCCCCGCUUCUUCCUAUUGCGGGUCGCAGCCAUGGCGGUUAUGAGUUUAUUCCAGCGCGCUUCAGUCACUGCGGUGACGGCUCUGUCUGGCCGCCGCCUUGGCGCUGGGCUCGGAUCCGGAGGCUUUCUCACCCGUGUCUUCCCGAAGACUGUUGCUCCUGUACGGCACAGUGCGGACCAUGGGAAAAGGCUGUUCAUCAUCAAAGCUUCUUCAUUCUAUGACAAGCGUUUUUUGAAAUUAUUGGUGAAGCUGAAUUAGCAGAAAUUCCAGAAGGCUACAUCCCAGAAUAUUGGGAAUAUUACAAGCAUCCCAUAUCAAGAUGGAUUGCUCGUACUUUCUGUGACAGCCCUGAAAAGAAUUACGAAAGGACAAUGGCAAUCCUUCACAUCGAAUCUGAAAAGGCUGACUUACGGUUAAAGGAGCUGGAAGUUCGGAGACUAAUGCGUGAGAGAGGCGACGGGCCCUGGUAUCAGUACCCGACCGGUGACAAGACGCUUAUCGAUCACUCUCCAAAGUCAACUCCCGACAACUAGUCAUUUAUUUCUUCAGAUACACAGUCUGUUCUCUUAAGUGGAAAUGAGUUGAUAAAUAUAGUCUGUACUUUUGCUCUGUGGUAAAUAAAAAGAGCUUACAUUGCUUUGUUUCUCAGUGUUGGUUCAGACGAAGGUU